AUCUCACUGACUUCUGGUUAGUUGCCGACGAAACUAUUCUCCUUCUUCUUCACUCAAAUGCAGAAUCCAAUUAUUCUUCUUCUUCCUCAUUACUCAAUGUAGUUAAAAAUUCCCCUUGAGAUUUCGAAUUUUUCACAGGGAGCUUCCAAUUCUUAGAAACUUGAGGAGAAUCUCACUGUUUUUGAUUUCGCGAGCUCACUCUUCUCUCUUUGCCAAUGGAGCGAAACUCAUCAGACGACGAAGAAGACCACCAGCAUUUGAUCCCUCAGAACGACACUCGCAAUCGCCACCGCGAAGAUCCGCUUUCCUCCACCGUCACAACCGGCGGGACUCCGAGAUCGGCGUUCCAGAUCGAGGACAUUCUCUCGCGGAGGAAGAUCUCGCUAAACAAACGCUACAUCCUCGCCGCCGUCUCACUAACUAUCUCAAUCGGUCUCGUCUUCUUAAUCACCGAUCCUCCUCGACUCUUCUCGGCGAAUUUCUCGAGUUUCAAGGUGGAUCCGAUGUCGAGCCGUGUCAAGGAAUCCCAGCUUCGCGCUCUGUAUCUUCUGAGGCAGCAACAGCUCGCGAUUCUCUCUCUUUGGAACGGUACGUUGGUGAAUCCUUCCCCUAAUCAUCAAUCCGCGAAUGCCAAUGGAUCCUCUGUGUUAUUUGAGGAUGUGAAAUCUGCUGUUUCGAAGCAGAUUUCGUUGAAUAAGGAGAUCCAAGAGGUGCUUUUGGCACCACACAGGACCGGGAAUUACUCCGGUAACGAAUCUGAAUCCGAUUCCGGUGAUUACUCAUACAAUAGAUGUAGAAAAGUGGAUCAGAAUUUGUCAGAUCGGAAAACUAUAGAGUGGAAUCCGAGAUCAGAUAAGUUUCUUUUCGCUAUAUGUCUCUCAGGCCAAAUGAGCAACCAUUUGAUUUGCUUAGAGAAACACAUGUUCUUCGCCGCGUUGCUGGAUCGAGUUCUUGUGAUCCCAAGCUCUAAAUUUGAUUACCAAUACGAUAGAGUGAUAGAUAUUGACCGCAUUAACACCUGCUUAGGAAGAAACGUUGUUGUUUCGUUUGAUCAGUUCAAGGAGAAGGCGAAAAAGAACCGUCCUCGCAUAGACCGAUUCAUAUGUUACUUUUCGUCCCCGCAGCUUUGCUAUGUGGACGAGGAGCACAUCAAGAAGCUGAAAAGUUUGGGGAUUUCCAUUGAUGGGAAGCUUGAUUCUCCUUGGAGUGAAGAUAUAAAGAAACCGAGCAAGAAAACAAUGGAAGAGGUGAAGAGAAGUUUCAAGUCUGAUGAUGAUGUGAUCGCAAUCGGGGACGUUUUCUACGCUGAUAUGGAGCAAGAUUUGGUGAUGCAGCCUGGUGGACCGAUUAACCACAACUGCAAGACGCUGAUCGAACCAAGCAAGCUGAUUUUGUUGACCGCUCAGCGAUUCAUCCAGACUUUCUUGGGGAAGAACUUCAUCGCGCUUCAUUUCCGUAGACAUGGGUUCCUCAAGUUCUGUAACGCAAAGAAGCCGAGUUGCUUUUAUCCGAUUCCACAAGCUGCAGAGUGUAUUGCUCGGAUAGUGGAAAGAUCCAAUGGUGCAGUGAUCUAUCUCUCAACUGAUGCUGCAGAGAGUGAAACGAGUCUGCUUCAGUCACUUGUUGUGGUAAAUGGAAAAAUUGUGCCCUUUGUAAAACGUCCACCGCGUAAUUCAGCUGAAAAGUGGGACGCGUUGUUAUAUCGACAUGGUAUAGAAGAUGACUCUCAGGUGGAUGCAAUGCUGGACAAAACGAUAUGCGCCAUGUCGAGCGUAUUUAUAGGAGCAUCUGGAUCAACUUUUACAGAAGAUAUUUUGAGGUUAAGGAAAGAUUGGGGAACGUCUUCUAUGUGCGAUGAGUACCUAUGCCGUGGGGAAGAACCAAAUUUCAUAGCAGAAGAUGAAUAAGUAGACCAUUUUUUUUUUUUCUCACAAACUUGAAUUGUUCUCUUCUUCUAAUUGAAUUGUAUAGUGUAAUUAUAGAAAUCCAAACUAUGGAUAUUUUUCCAGUUUCAUUUUUUUGGCCACUAAAACUGUGAUGGUGGAAGUGUGACAAAGUGUGUGAAUCAAUAGAAGAAAGAGCCUCAGUAUCUUACAGCAUUAUAUGAAAUAGUCUCAAAUGUAUCGUUUGU